UUUGAUGCUCCAGUUAUCAGUUGUGUCUCUUCACGGUUUCAUUGUUUUGAACUGUUUAAGGCACACUGUCCCUGACAGUCAGUGGAAGGAGGCUCAAGGGAAGGACUUGGCAUGGUACCAGAACACUUUAAGCGAUGGAAAUCCAGUUUUCAUAUAUUUUCAUGGGAACACAGGUACAAGGGCGGCCCCUCAUCGGGUGGGAGUGACAAAGAUAUUGAGUGCACUGGGUUACCACGUGUUGCUGCCUGACUACAGAGGGUUUGGAGAUUCUACCGGCGAGCCGACUGAGGCCGGUUUGACCACUGAUGCCCUCUACUUGUACAACUGGGUCAAAGCACGCAGUGGAAACAGCCUGGUCAUCAUCUGGGGACACUCUCUUGGCACUGGGUCAGUAAGGAAAGCAGCAUUUUACUCAAAUAGCCACUCAGGUAUAAAUGACUCAGGUCACUGUUGUAGUAACUUUUUCAAAGGUGCAUUAACACUUUGAAGCAAUAGCCUG